CAUAUAUAAAAGACAGAGCAAAAUACACUAAAAGGAACAGAUCAUUUCAUCAUUUAUCAUCUAUCUAUCUAAUCAUGUCUUUCUCUCGAACACAAUCCUCUUCUUCUUCAUCUUCUUCUUCAGUUUGGCAACACCAUUACAUGAAGCUCCACUUCUUCAGCAGGAUCCGUUCCCUUCUGAAAUCCAAAGCAUCUUCCCGCAAACGCGACCUUCAAAGGUCACCUGAGAUGUCAAGAACCCAAAAAGAUUCCGAGAAGGUGGUGGCGCCUCCAGAGAUAUUAUCGAUACCACCUGAAGAUGAGAAUGAGGAGGUUGUCUUGCAGAGAACUGUGAAGAAACUUCACUUUGGAACCUUUGAAGAGAAGGAGAAAGCUGCCAUCGAGAUUGAGAAACUUUCCCGAGAGGACAAGAAGAUUCGGAAGCUCAUGGCGGAGCUCGGUGUUCUUCAGGUUCUUGUCUCCAUGGUCGCUUCCGAUAUCUCCGGGCACCAGAGAUCUGCCGUUAUGGCUCUUAUUCAACUUUCUCAUGGAACCCACACACGUCGCAGACGAAGAAUCCCACUCCUAACCCUAACUCGUAAGCAUUGCGUUUCUUUAAUCUGGUAAGUAAUGGGUUUUGAUUGGGUUCUACCACUUUUUCUUUGGAAUCAGUUUGAUAGUUUAGGCAGAGUUACGCUACCAACAGGUGUUGUUAACUCUUGUUUCAUUAAUUCGAUUCGAAUGUUUACUGGUUUGUGAUCUUCCUUCCUUGCUUUUUGAUAUGAUCAUGGAGAGCACAAAGGAUAGGGAUCUGUCUGGCAGAGUCGCCAUAAAACAACAAGUGCUUCCCAAGGUUGGUCCUUUAAUCAUCUCCCUUUCUGUGUUCCACUUGCUUCAGUGUCAUUGGAUCAGUGAUUUUGAGCUUUGGAUUCUAAACUGUGAUUUGGGAAAAGCAAGAGAUGAUUCAACCAGAACUGUAGCUGGCUAUCAGCAGUCACCUUUGUUGGUUGCACACACCAUAGAAGAUGAAGUCUCAUCAUUAAGUUGUGACUGAUGCAAGUGGAGUACAUUGUACACUAAAAGAUAUGAUCCCCAAUAUUGUUUACGUAUAGCUGUAUUUGGUACAUUGAUUUUUAACUUAUAUUAUCAUUUAGUACAUCAAUACCUUGUAAAGAAGCUCUGCAACAUAAGCAAAAAUCAUUAGCAUUAUAGUGUAUAUAUCUAGUUCUUUGGUUA